AUGAAUUACAUUAUCUCUUGGAAUGUGACUGUUUUAAUGGGUCUGGCACCUUUUCGGUCGGUGAAUAUGCCUCUCUCUGUUGUCAGCAUUCUUAUAGACAUAUUUUAUAUCUUCUGUAUGCUCUCUCCAGGGCCAAAAAAGCAGCGAAUGAAACAGCCUCUUUUAGUUUUACUAGGAUUUCUCGUUGGGAGCAAUACAGCUCUUAAUAUUUUAACUUUCUUGUUCCUUCUCAUGAAUGUUACAGAAUCUUGGCAGAGUUCAGACACCCUUGGUCUGAAUAUUUUAGCACAGUGUUUGCUGUUUACCAUGAGAGUCAGUAUUAACUCCUGUCUUUGGCUAAACGUGUUCUACUACUGUCAGAUUGUUCCUGCUCGACAUCCUUUCCUCAUCGCUUUGAAAAGGAAUAUCAGACCAUUUGUCUAUUCUGUCUUAAUCCUAGAUAAAUUCAUCUUUUUGAAUGGGUUCAUUGUUAAUUUUGCCUCCUAUGUGUUGAGUCUGUACAAAGAAUAUAAUUCCACAAAGACAGUUAUGAUAAACAAUGCAGUAGUGCCUGACAUGUGUUUAAGAGUAGGUUAUUUCUUCUUUAGUGUAUGUAUGAUGUUGGCAUCAGGCUGUGCAACUAUUUCAUACCUGCGGAGACACAUGAGGAACAUGGAGAAGAGCAGCAGAUCUUCUGCACGUCUUCAGUCACAGUUGAGAGUGACCAUCACAGGCAUCGUACAGACUCUUCUUUAUUUCCUUUGCUCAGCCUGGCUAAUCCUUGAUGAUGUUGCUUACUAUUUCACUAGUGCAAACUUUGACCCAGGAGCUUACAUCAUUAGCACUGUAGUUUCAUUAUAUUCUUUUGGGACAAACAUUAAUUUGGGCGUUGGCCAGGCAGUGUUCCGGGAGCAGGUAAUUCUCAUUUGGCAAAAUCUUCUGCCCCAAAAGUUGUCUAUUCCUUCAACUUUAUAG